AUGGCCUGGUUGAAUAAAAAAGAAGAGACAAAGAAUAAUGAGAACAUGAAAGUAUUGGAAUAUGUUUGGUUACCGGGAGAUGACAAUAAGCCCAAUAACAGUAAUAAGUUUGUCUAUGAGAAUUUGCCUUUGUCUUCCUUGAACAAUCCGAAUGCGGUAGGCAUAAAGAUUUCUCCGAGAUUGUUUAUUAAUGAUAGGAUUACUCCUUCAGUUACAUCCAUAAGGGAAAAAUGGUUUUAUAAUCUAUCUUCGGUGGAUAUACCUACUAACAUACAAUAUCUAUUACAACUGGGUGAGAAUUUCGCACUUCCAAUCAGUGGCGGAAAGCCAUUGGUCAUGGAAUUCAUAAAAAGUAUAGAAAACAACAUUAAGAAAAUGCAAAGUUCAGUACACAAUAACGUCAGAAAUCAUUCGGUUAGUUUAGUAUCACUGGAUGUGGUAUCCUUGUUUACUAAUGUGCCCUUGGAAUUAGCAAUGGAGGCUCUUUCUAAUAGAUGGGGUCACAUUGAGAAAAGUUGUAAGAUUCCGAAAGAGAAAUUCUUAAAAACGGUGCAAUUAAUUCUAGAUUCGACAUACUUCACUUUCGAUAAGCAAAUUUAUAAGCAAACCUUUGGUACUCCAAUGGGCUCACCAUUAUCGCCCAUUAUAGCUGACAUGGUUAUGCAGGAUCUGGAGAGUCGGGUGCUGAGCACCAUUGAGUUUCCUGUGCUGUUUUAUUACAGGGUGGCACAUUAUAGUAUUAACAAGUUAAAUAAAUGCAUUAGGGUACAUAAGGAUACUUUGCCCAUAUGGGAGAAAAGGAAUGUAGUUUACCAGAUAGGAUGUCGUGAUUGUGAUGCUACUUAUGUAGGUCAAACGGGAAGAAAACUAAACACGAGAGUAGGAGAACAUCGUAGGCUGCGGUCCAUUUGA